ACAAAAUCUUCACAUGCACCGUUUGCGUUUUGAUGUAAGCAAUAAAACGUGCAUUUGUAUCUUUAACGGCGCCCCCUAUAGUGUCAUGUUGUUCUUGCGGUAUUUAUUCACCCAAAACAAACAGCGCCCUCCUGUUGUACGUUUCUGCCAUGAGGCUGUUUCUUUACGAAAACGGUAAACAGAAGAAUGUUAGGAUUAAACUUUUUGUCCCAGCACAUGACAUGAUGACUUCCCAAUCGCGAUUUCACAGUGUAUUCCACACUUCAAAAAGCAAACAAGCGGACUGAAAUAUUUCCCAUUUUGAAAUAUCAAAGUACAUGUAUAUGUUGGCCUAUUUCGUACCAUGCGUGCGACUUGUAUGACUGUACAUGUACACGGCCGGUGUCGAGACAGCCGCCUUUAAGGUACCGAACCUUGAGUUGAAGAUAGAUAUUGCGUGCCAACGGCAUGGUGGGAAGUAUAUUUCAGAGAUUGAGCUCUAUAUCAUAUCAGGCUACGUAUUGUCGCCCAGGUGUCAGUUUCUUCGAGAAUCUACUAAACAGCAGACGUCCCGAAGCUUCUUCUUAUAAGCUGUGAUGAUGGCAUUUGCUCGGUUGCUUGAACACCGACCGGACGAGGAUGACUUUAAACCGGUCAGACCAACUCUCCGCACCAGCCGACCGACCAGCUGGUCCGGCGAGAGAAGACCCUUAUCCAGCAAGUCGAUAGAAACAAAUCAACUACGAAAGAAACGACGACGGCGGUUGGCAACUGAUGGAGAAGUUCUAGAGAAAGGCAAUGCUGGUGGCUCGCAGCACUGGCGCCGACUGACAUGCAAGGCCAUGGUAAGCUGGUCCCAGUUACUGAGACAUCGUUCCGACGACGAAGAUUUCAAGAAAGAAAACAUCAACUUCAGACCCGCCUUUGGGUCUCUGAAGUCACAACAACCGUCCCAAGACAAGCAUCUCACGAGACACGGCAACAAGCGCCAGCCACGUUCUGAGAAAGACAUUCUGUCCUCCUCUCGAAAACACAAGCAGGGUCCGCCGAGGCUGAAGCUCAUCCGGCGCCUCAAGGAACUUGGGGAAGAUGAGGCAGAUAUCGAAGCUCUGUUUGACCAGUGGUUCUUGAAUCGCAAAGAGGAUCUUCGCCCCAGGCGUGGCCAGUGUGCGUGCGGGCAGCAGCGACUGCGCUAUCACUUCCACAUCCUGAACCGACUGACGGGAGGCCGCACGCGCGUCGGUUCAAGUUGCAUUUCCCGCUUCAGGAGGCGCUUUGAGAAAACGAGCCCGAUUGCGGACAAAAACGAGGGAAUCGGAACUCCAUUCGCAAUCGGUCCUGAUGUCGGCACCGGGAAUGGGCAAGGCUGUGAUGACUUUAAGACACCGCAUUCACCCCCUGGAAAUUCUAACACGAAUGCUUUCGAUAAGACUCCGCACAAGGGCAGAUCUACGAACACAUUGAGUAGGAAAGACAAGACCUGGAUCAGACUAUUUUGAGAGUGAUCUAUGUAGUGAGGCGUCUUUUACGAGGCACCGUACAAUUGUCACACAGCCCAGAAAAAUGUAUACAAACGCGCACUCAGUGCCGUGAACGCGCGAAUAUCAGCCCUUUUCUGCCUGCACACCAAAGUGUGCAAUAUGGAGGCCUAGUUCACAACACAGCCGUACACUUGCCAGGCGUUCGGGGAACUUUGGAGAACCUGAUUAAAAUAUUAAAACCAAGAAUAAUAGGAACCUGGGAAUCUUAGGAACCGGGGCAACUUUAGAAAUACAAACUUUGUGAUUACAAUUUAUCAUUGGCAACGUUAUUACUGUUUAUAGAGCUGGAAGUUGAGCCUUCGUUCUAUGAUUUUUGUAACACUUGUUUUGUGAGUUUAGAUUGAGAUUCAGAUCCAGAACUAGUAUUGUAACUGAUUUUGUAAACGAGUAAUCUGUAACAAGUUCAUGAGACCAAACAUAACUUGACUCCUAGUGUUUUGAUUUGUCUGUUUGUCUUGAUUUGUCCUUGGCGUCCUUAAAUCUAAUCAUUUGAGCGGACCUCCUUACUGGCGUACCACUUCAUUUAUAUACAUGUAGCUACAUGAUGUUGCAGUAUAACAUUUACUGCCAAACUAAAUGGGGGCGAUGAUUCAAAUUGAACAUGCUGCGGUGAAGCAGCAGUUUUCUGGAUGAAAACAUGUAAUACAUUUAAAGUUAUGCUGGUCAAAGUAAUUCUAAAAUUAACAUCUGCAAAGUGAUUAUUGCAUAAAACUAAUUUACAGUGGAGUUUUUGUUCUCUGAUAGGCCCUAUGUAUCAAAUGAAAAUGAAUACACUGAAUCUCGUAAAGCUAGAAGAAAAAAAUUCGGAAAUCAAAAAAAAAAUUCCGGGGAACAAUAAUGAAACAUUAGGGGAGAGCAAAUUAACUUCAACAACUCUGAAAUACCUACCAGAUUGCAUGUGGAUUGCAGGUAGAUUAAAAGAUUGCACGUAGAUAUAUCUACAAUCAAUGUUUUGUUUGAUUUUGUUGCUCUCAAUGUCUCAACUAAACUCUCAGAAUUUCCCCCGACUUCAAAUUUACCAAGUGUAAAAAAACUAUCGGCCCAAAUAAAAAUUUAAUAACAUCAUAGGGACACAGUAUUCAAGUGUGAGAAAAUCAUAUAGGAAGCGAUGUUUGGAUAGUCAUGAGGGUUGUCUGCAGUAUGUCUUUAGAGGAGAUUUUGCAUGAAUUUGCUGAUGCCAGAUAGGUACGGGUUGUAUACAAAGCAUGUAAAAGGAACAGCUGCAUUCAAUAAACGUAUCUUG